AGGUGGGUGGCCAGUUUGGUUAGAGCCCCGGCUGCCAAGGGGAGCCAAGAGGCUGGGGUUGGGCACCCUUGUCUGCAUCCAGGUGCUCUCAGAACUAUCUGGCACCCAGGAGCUCUCCUCAUUGUUCAGCCUCACGCUGUACGUGGAGCUGGCCUGCAACGGUCUCUUUGGGGCCGGCAAGGGCAGCUUGAUCGCCCCUCCAGACCCUGACAGGAGGUUCACCCUCAGCAAGGCUGAGCUGGUCGUCUUCAACAGAGAUGUCUAUGAACUGUUGGUGGAUCUGGAAAUACUGCUGGACAUGGCCCAGCUCCUCGGGGAAGAAAACCAGAGGAGUUUCCAGGCUCUGUACACUGCCAACCAGAUGGUCAACGUGUGUGAUGUUACGGACCCCUCUACCUUCCCCGCUGCUCGUGACCUGGCUGCAGCGAUCUUCAGCCAGAGGAACGGCAAGAGCCAGCACACCAUCCAUGCUGUGGGUCACUGCCACAUUGACUCUGCCUGGCUCUGGCCGUAUGAGGAGACCAUCCGUAAGUGCGCUCGGAGCUGGGUCACAGUGGUCCGUCUGAUGGAGCGCAAUCCAGAGCUCACCUUUGCCUGCUCCCAGGCGCAGCAGUUCGAGUGGGUGCGGAGCUGGUACCCCGGGCUCUAUGUGCAGAUUCAGAACUUCGUGGCAAAGGGGCAGUUCAUUCCUGUUGGAGGCACCUGGGUGGAAAUGGAUGGGAACCUACCCAGCGGGGAGUCCAUGGUGCGGCAGUUCCUCCAGGGACAGCGGUUCUUCCAGGAGCAGUUUGGCCAGAUCUGCUCAGAGUUCUGGCUGCCGGACACGUUUGGAUACUCAGCUCAGCUGCCCCAGCUGAUGCGUGGCUGUGGAAUCAGACGGUUCCUCACACAGAAGCUCAGCUGGAACCUGGUGAACACCUUCCCGCAUCACACCUUUUUCUGGGAAGGCAUUGAUGGUUCCCAAGUCCUGACCCAUUUCCCCCCUGGCGACUCCUAUGGGAUGCACGGACGAGUGGAGGAGAUGUUGAAAACAGUGAAGAACAACAAGGACAAAGGACGUGUGAACCACAGCAUUCUCCUCUUUGGUUUUGGAGAUGGAGGAGGGGGUCCCACGCAGAAGAUGCUGGACAGAAUGAAGAGAAUGAGUGAUACAGAUGGGCUGCCAAGGGUUCAGAUCUCCACUCCUGACCGACUCUUUUCCAUCCUGGAGAAAGAGUCAUCACAGCUGCACACCUGGGUGGGAGAGCUCUUCCUCGAGCUGCACAAUGGCACGUACACCACCCAGGCCCAGAUAAAGAAGGGGAACCGGGAAUGCGAGCGAAUACUCCAUGACGUGGAAGUGCUCAGCGCCUUGGCUGUGGCACGGGGCAGCACAUUCCAGUAUCCUGCCAGCCAGCUGCAGCGGCUCUGGAGGUUAUUGAUGCUCAACCAGUUCCACGACGUUUUGCCAGGCAGCUGCAUCCAGCUCGUGGUUGAGGAUGCCCUGCGAUACUAUGCAGAGAUCCGCAGGGCUGGCGCUCAGCUGCAGGAGGAAGCUGUGCAGUCCUUAUGCAGGGAGCUGCUGCAGCCCAAGGCCGAGAGUGCCGAAAGCACCCUUGUGUUGAACACUUUGCCCUGGGAACGGACCGAGGUGAUCUCCAGGACUGGGCCAGCUGGGACAGACAGCUUGGCGCUGGUGACAGUCCCCAGCAUGGGCUAUGCUCUAGUGAGGGAGCCGCUGAUGCCCACUCAGCCUGUGGCAGUGAGGAAACAGGAGGAUGGCUCUGUUGCCAUGGAGAAUGGCGUGAUUGCAGUCUGCCUGGACAGGAUGGGACGCCUCACCUCGCUCCAGCUGGUGGGCUCCGAGAGAGAGUCAGUCCCAGAGGGCUGCUACGCCAACCAGUUUGCCCUCUUUGAUGAUGUUCCCCUGUACUGGGAUGCCUGGGAUGUGAUGGAUUAUCACUUGGAAACCAGGAAGCCAGUGACAACACUGCUGAAGCCUCUGGAAAUCACCCUGGCUGGGGGCCUGCGAGGAAGUGCAAGCUUCUCUCUGCAGAUUGGGAAAAGCAGCACCUUAACACAGGAGAUCAUCCUGGAUGCCAUGUGCCCAUACCUCCGCUUCCUGACCCAGGUUGAAUGGAAAGAGGCUCACAAAUUCCUGAAGGUGGAGUUCCCUGUGCAGGUCCGGAGCACAAAUGCCACCUAUGAGAUCCAGUUUGGGCACCUGCAGCGGCCAACGCACUGGAACACGUCCUGGGACUGGGCACGAUUUGAGGUGUGGGCUCACAAGUGGCUGGAUCUCUCUGAGCACGGCUUCGGGGUGGCACUGCUAAACGACUGCAAGUAUGGGGCAUCGGCCCACGGGAACAUCCUCAGCCUCUCGCUGCUGAGAGCACCCAAGUCCCCAGAUGCUACAGCAGACAUUGGACACCACCAGUUCACCUACGCCGUGAUGCCUCACCGGGGUUCCUUCCAGGAUGCUGGUGUGAUCCAGUGUGCCUACAACUUGAAUUUCCCACUCCACGCGGUCCCAGCCAGCUCUGCUCAGUGCCCAGCCUGGAGCGCCUUUUCUCUCAGCUCACCUGCAGUUGUGCUGGAGGCCGUCAAGCAGGCUGAAGACAGACCUGAAGCGCUGGUGGUUCGGCUGUACGAGGCACACGGCAGCACGGUUGUCGCUUGGCUCCAGACUUCCCUCCCUGUUAAGGAGGCGAUGCUCUGUGACCUCCUGGAGCGGCCAGAUGCACAGGGCCACCUGCCACUGGAGCAGCAGGGCGUGAGGCUUUCCUUCACACCCUUCCGUGUGCUCUCUGUCCUCUUGGUCUUGAGGCAGUGACAACAUCCGUCGCCUCUGCUGAUGCCACAACAACCUGGACCAACACUGUUAGCUCAGAUCGCAGCCUGAGGCUUCCCCCAUUCCAAGGUGGUGGUUCCAGGGAAGAGCAGAGCCUCCCCUUUGCCCCCCACCCAGCCAUCAAAGAACAGCGCUUGAGAACAACCAUAUUCUUCAGGAAAGGAAGACAGUGCCCCCUGCCUAACUGGGGCCCAAGUGAGUUCCCAGCUAGUGUAGGUCAGGGUUGUGGGACAGGCUGGCUGGCUCCACCUGGGCUCAGCUCCAGUCCCAGGGGGAUUUGGGGAGGACCAGCUUUCCCGUAUUUCAGCCUUCAUCUUGUCCAGACUCAAACAGCAACAAGCUGCAACAGGGCAGUGAAUUUAAAGACAUUCCUCUCUCCCUUUGCCUCCCUCGUGCGCUGCCCUUGGGGAAGGGGAACACAAGUAAACAAGAGCAUUACAGGAGAACAAGCUCCA